AUGGACGACGAGCAGCUACCCAAACGACUCUUCCACGGAGAUGUCGUCACAGGUUCUCGCCGACAAGGAGGCCAAGUCCGUCGAUACAAGGACACCCUGAAGACUUCUCUGAAGCGUCUGCAGAUCAACCCGACGAACUUGGAAGACCUUACCCGAGACCGACCGAUCUGGAGGAGGACAGUGAAGGCAGGCACAUCGAUCUACGAGGCCAACCCCAUCACCAGCGCCGAAACCAAACGCGAGAUUCUCAAAUCCCAACUGCACCCACCUCAUAACGCCAACGCUCAACCACCCUCGACCUGCCCAUGCUGA